AGGACUCGGCUGACUUCGGCAAUCAUCGGAGUGUGUCGGCAGGACUCGGACAAGCAAGGAUGGAGGAAGAAGCACGGCGGCUACUGGAAGAAGGAAUCAGUAAGAAGUUGCUAAGCCCCGGCAAAGGACAACUCUCCAGCUUCCCCGAUGGCACCAAGGUGGUGUUCCACUACCGCACCAGCCUGUGUGACGGCACAGUACUGGACGACUCCAAGUCCAUGGGCUGCUGCAGCAAGCCCAUGGAGCUCAUCCUGGGCAAGAAGUUCAAACUGGCCGUGUGGGAGAGAGUGCUGGUCACCAUGAGACAAGGAGAGAUUGCAGAAUUCACAUGUGACACCAAACACACGGCUCUCUACCCGCUGGUGUCCCAGUCCCUGAGGAACAUCAGCGUGGGGAAAGACCCCCUGGAAGGCCAGAGGCAUUGCUGCGGCAUCGCACAGAUCCACUCCCACCACUCGCUGGGACACAAGGAUCUGGACCAACUGCAGGCUACUCCGCAGCCUCUCAUCUUCACCAUUCACCUUCUGGAGGUUCUUCCUCCAGGCUCCUUCCAACUGGACGUGUGGGCCAUGACGGACGAGGAGAAGUUGGCCUUUGUGCCCCACAUCCACGAGGAGGGCAACGCCCUCUUCAAACAAGGCCGAAUAAAGGAGGCCACGGAGAAGUACUACAAUGGCAUCGCCUGCCUGAAGAAUCUACAGAUGAAGGAGCAACCAGGAGAUGAAGCUUGGAUCAAGCUGGACCACAUGAUCACACCUCUGCUCCUCAACUACUGCCAAUGCCAGUUACUGCAGGGCCACUACUACGAAGUCAUUGAACACUGCUCCUCACUCACCUUCAAAUAUGAAGACAACGUGAAGGCCUACUACAAGCGAGCCAAGGCCCACGCCGCUGUGUGGAACGAGACAGAAGCCCGGGCAGACUUUGGCAAAGUGUUGGAGCUGGACCCCUCCCUGGGACCCUCCGUGGCCAAGGAGCUGCGCGCCAUGGAGGACCGUAUCCGCAGCAAGGAGAAGGAGGAGAAGGGUCGCUACAAAGGCCUGUUCAACUACGACACGCGACCACCCACCGCCACCACGGGCUGACACUCCACUGUGACACCACGCUGUCAGACUAUUCUUCUAUCCACACACUCACCUGCUCCACAUCAAACUUUCCCACAGGUGGAACCGCUUUAUUCCACUUGUAAAGAAGUGCCACACAGCUGCUAGAAUCACAACCAAACACAAGAAAGAUGUACUUUGUCCCCCUCAUUAGUCACAGGAGCCAGCAGAAAGAUGAUUCUAGCCUGCUCUUAUCUCACCAACAAGCCAUUAUUAAGUUGGACCUUUUAAUCAUGGGGGGUGCAUGAGAAAGUAGUUACUAACUGAUGCUGCUCAUAGCAAACAUCACAAGCAUGAGUUCAGACCUGGGGGGUCCAAACUUUAUCCAGCGGGGGCCACUUUGAUAGGUUUUGUACGUUAAAGAUGUCUACUAAGCCAGCUGAUAGCUUUGUGUUACAGGUGACAGGAAAUUAGUGGAAGUUAACUCGUGUGAUUAAUCACAAACAAAUAUUGCAUAAAUCAUGCAUAUAUACAUUUUAAUUUAGUAUUUUAUAAUCUAUUCAAACAAUGACAUUGAAUUGGUGUCUAAAUACUGAGGUCUUUUUUUUCAUUAAUUGUAAUGUUUAAGGUAAUUAAAGACAUGCACCUGGGGAUAGGCCCCUCCCACCUCCAAAGGCAUGCACCUGGGGAUAGGCCCCUCCCACCUCCAAAGACAUGCACCUGGGGAUAGGUUGAUUGGCAACACAUUAAUGUGUGAAUGUUGUCUAUCUAUGUUGGCCCUGCAAUGAGGUGGCGACUUGUCCAGGGUGUACCCCGCCUUCCGCCAGCAUGCAGCUGAGAUAGGCUCCAGCACCCCCGCGACCCCAAAAGGUACAAACAGUAGAAAAUGGAUGGAAGGAAGUUAAUUAAAAUUAUGCAGGUGAGUAAUACUUGUGAUUAAUCAUUUUUUUUUCUAUUUGCACAAAUAAAAUGACUUUAUUAUUGUGAUAUGUUGCAAAUACGGUUGUCAAAGGCCAAUAAAAAAUAACUGCGGGCCCCCAGUUGCACUUUGGCCCCCCCCGGUUGAGACAAGCUGCUGAUCUCUCCCACAGGUCGCCCACAACUUAAAGCCGAGGCCCCCUGGUCUAAACUUUUCAUGCUACUUUUACUUUGAGAGGUGAUUUGUUUCUCCAGACUUUUGUGCAUCUAAGUCAGCCUGCAAUAGAAAAAGUACCACAAAUAAAUGUAUUUAUCCCGUC